AUGAAGUUUAGUAGCUCCAUACUUGUGUCUAUUCUCAGUGCAGUUGCACAUGUUAAUGCUGGAUGCACUGAAAAUGGUGGUAAUUACUAUUGCUCCCUGACCAGCAAAGUCAUUUACAAGGGUGUUGGGUUUUCGGGCACCUAUAAGGAUGUUACAAAUAUGAAUGAGGAUACUGGUUCAUGUACCCAAAAAUCUCGUUCAUUCUCAGGAAACUUAUCUCCUUUAGAUGAACAAUUGUCCGUUCAUUGCAGAGGUCCUUUAAAAUUAAAACAAUUCGGUGUUUACUAUCCAUCCUCUCUGUCCUCUAACAAGAAAAGAGAAGAGGACUGUAAUGAUAACAUUCACCAACAUCAUAAACACAAGAGAGCAACUGCAGUCGUCGAGGUCACUCAAACGGUUGUCGUUGACGAUAGUGGAAACACUGUCACAUCUCAAGCCACCAAUACGCCAACUGUUUCUGAUGCUAGUACUACUGUUACUUCAUCUACUGCUGGUUCUGCUAGUUCUCCAAAUGCAGCUAGUUCUGGUACUUCGGGAACUUCUUCAAGUGAUGAAUCAGAAUCAUCAUCUUCCAGUGGUAGUGUUGAUGGUAGCUCAGCUGGUUCAUAUGAAAGAGUCUCGUACUAUGCAUCAGGCACUUCAGAUAACGUUACCUUUUUGAACUACUACGGUGGGUCGGGAUCAGGUACCUGGUCAUCAAAGUUCGGUAACUCAUUAUCAUACGCCAACUCUGAUUUCUCUGGAGGUUCCUCUAAAGCAGUCACUGUUGAUUCCGUUUCGAUUGGUUCCGACGUUGAAUACGUUAUAAUGUCUGGAGAUAAAUGUGAUGAUAGCUGUGGAUACUACAGAGAUGGAAUUCCAGCAUACAAAGGUUUUGCUGGUAAAGAAAAGAUCUUUGUAUUUGAAUUUGAAAUGCCAGAAGCCUCUGGAAGUAGUAGCACCUACAACUACGAUAUGCCCGCCAUUUGGUUAUUGAACGCCAAGAUCCCAAGAACUUUGCAGUACGGUGAUUCUAGUUGCUCUUGUUGGGAAACAGGCUGUGGUGAGUUAGAUUUGUUCGAAAUCUUAUCUAGUGGAUCUGACAAAUUGAUUUCGCAUUUGCACGAUGGCCAGGGCGGUGGUAGUUCUGGUUACGGUGGUGGUGGUUCUCAAGAUUAUUUCAAGAGACCAACUAGUGGAACCAUCAAGGCUGCUGUUGUGUUUGAUGGAGAGAACAUUCACAUUUUGACUGUCGACGAUGAUUUCGGCGAAACUUUAGACAGUUCAACUGUCCAAGCUUGGAUUGAUAAGGAAGGGUCCAUUGCUCAGAUAAAUAGUUAG